UCUUGCCAACAGCAACUGUCGUCCCUAUUUCACGAGUCGCGCUUCGUGUCGGUUUGGGGGGAAAUCGCACCGUUUUCGUAGAGAGAAGCUGCAUAAAAGCCUGGAAUACAUGAUUGCAGUUCACCAUCGAACUUUUGCAUCCUAUCAUUCGCACCGUGACAAUCAUGCUUGUUGCGGAUUUUUCAUGCCUCACACUAUCGUCUCUACUUCUUGGCAUCAUGACCCACGGAAUAACUGCAUUUAAUAUGCUAUCCAACGAAAAUCUCGCUGUCUACUGGGGCCAGAAUUCAUAUGGAGACACCCAUCCCGAUAAAACUGCUCACUGGCAGAAGACACUUUCAUACUACUGCAUGGACAAUGUCGUUGAUACCUUCCCAAUUGCCUUCCUUGUCGAUAGCUAUGCGGAGGGUAAUCUCCCGUCGAUUGACUUAGCAAAUAUCUGCAACUCAGGCAAUGCUAACUAUUUUCCAGGCACUGAAUUACUGAAUUGCUCUUUUCUCGCCUCGGAUAUCGAAAUGUGCCAGUCCGCGGGAAAGGCAGUCACCAUCUCGCUUGGUGGCGGAACAGGAAAUAUCCAGUUUCAAAGCGACUCUCAGGCCACCGCAUACGCGCAAACAAUAUGGAAUCUUUUCCUGGGUGGAAAGAGCAAGACACGUCCCUUUGGAUCUGCGAUUCUUGACGGAAUUGACAUGGACAUCGAGGGUGGUUCGCAGACAGGUUAUGUUUCCUUUUUGACUGCGCUUCGCAAACAUAUGGAUCGAGGCAAGAAGAAGUAUUAUAUCACUGCUGCGCCUCAGUGUCCUUUCCCGGACGAAUAUAUCGGAGACACGCUCGACUCAGUGGGAUUCGAUGCAGUAUAUGUCCAAUUUUAUAAUAACUAUUGUGAUCUAAAGCAUUACAACAAUCGUAAUGACUGGGACUUUGCUGCUUGGGACGAUUGGGCAAACAAUGUCUCACCCAAUCCUGACAUUAAGGUUUAUAUUGGUGCUCCCGCGUCAUCCACUGCAGGGUCUGGCUAUGUUAAUUCCAAAAAAAUUACGUCAAUAAUUCAGCAAACGCAAUCCAAUUACUCUUCCUUUGGAGGGGUCAUGUUAUGGGAUAUAUCAGACGCGUACGCCAACCAUCGCUAUGACAUAGCGGUCAAACAAGCUUUAACAUCAGAUAAGGAUCUGCUCAACAAACGAAUUCGCGAUCAACACCUAUCAGAAACGCGCAAUACCACCCAAGAAGAGGACUGACAGUUAUUCGUGCUUGACUGCAUACCUCAAUGGUUUCUCCCCAUCGCCAGGGGUACCAACGUCCUAGUAAAUUUCUCCUUACUAUGCUCUCAAAGGUCAACA